GCGGCGGCCGCCGCGCCGCGCCGCUCGCCGCGCAAGUCGGCGCGGCCGGCGCGCGUGCCGCCGUUCGCCGUCGAGACGGACCCGGUGGUGCUGUCGCGCCGCGAGAAGCAGAUCGAGUACGGCAAGAACACGCUGUCGUACCAGCAGUACACGGCGGCGGUGCCGCGCGCCCAGCGGCUCGGCUACCACCCGCGCACGCCGGUCAAGCGCCGCCUGCAGAGCCGCCGCCGCUGGGACAACGCCGUCAAGUGCUGGCGCGUGCACCUGCACUACUGGAACGACCCGGUCAAGCUGGCUGCGCUGCGUGCCGGCGAGUCGGGGUCCGACAGCUCGUCAGUGUUGUCGGACCCGGCGGAUGGCACUGCGGCGGCCGCGCCGCCACCGGCGCAGGAGCAGGAGCAGGAGCAGGAGCAGGAGCAGGAGGUUCUGGACUGGGCCGACGAUGUGGAGGGCCUGGCGCUAGAGCUGGACGGAUAGGCGAGGGACUGGAGUGAGGAUGGGCCGCAGCGUGUAGGGGCUGUAGCGGGCAAAAUGAGCCUCUGGUGAGACCAGACGUCCUGGCCAACUGGUGGCCAGGUGUCCCGGUACCAAAGUUGGCCAGAUGUGACCAGUGAUGACUGCACGAGCGGAGGCAUUGCGAGCGAUGAUCCAGGAUGAACCGUUAGGACCAACAGGGUCGUGGCGGUGUGGCGCCUUCGGUCCUGUCGCGCCGCACCUCUGGCGCAGCGACUAAUCGUGGCUGCCUCGAGUGCUACUGCCGGGCAUUUCUGCUGGGACGAUCUCACGAUACGUGGGCAGAUGCUCCGAUAAGUUUUGGUGCGAUUGUCGUAGAAAAUUGCUGACCCGAGCAGUCCAGACAGAAAACGAAUAGCAAGCAGUGACCAGUGCAUAGUGACGAGAGUGUUGCAUGCGGGUGCACUUUGUGUGUAGUCAUGUCGUCGAAUGUCGUUACCAUUCUAGAACGUCUGGUGAACUUGUGGCCUGAUUUUCCACGGCCGCAUCACCGACGUACUCUGCGAGUCACACGUUUGUCAUAACGCUCGCUGUUCGCGUGGACGCGAGCCUGUACAAUUUGCUAGAGUACGUGUUACAUGCAAGCUCACAAGCGGUGAUCAAGUCAGGCCGGCGUUUACCUAAGAAGCUCUAAGCCGUUCACAUUGCAGGUCUUGCCUAACUUUGUUCUACGAUUCUUUUACCUUCACACCCAAGCCUGGUUGCUGUGCGUUGGAUGCUCAUGUUCCGCGGGAUUUGGAGCGAAUUACUAAGGAAAUCGGCUCCAUUUACGGUUUUUAGUUGGGAUGUGAUGUGUUUGUCGACGAAUUUACUUGCCUUAGUGUAUUACGGACGGUGCGUGUCGUUCUGCGAGACCUGUAUGCGCGUGUUACAACACGACUUUGUGAUUUCAACCUAGCUGGUGUUGCUUGAGUCUUUAUGAAUCGUUGCAACUGCCUUUCAUUUCAAUACAAGU